UUGCUCUCAAAUCACACUACAACAAUCUACACUAAUCCUUCUUAUCCCUCUCUGUUUUUGUGCUUUUCUAGUUCCACAAUAACUCAAAAGUGAAACAAACAAAAAAUGAUGAGUUGCGCUCAAGCAUGGCCAGAACCCGUGGUUCGAGUCCAAGCCUUAGCCGAAAGUGGCCUAAGCUCAAUCCCUUCAUGUUACAUCAAACCACGUUCUCAAAGACCCACUAAAACCAUUUGUUCUCCUCAAAAUCAUCAAAUUGACAUCCCCGUGAUCGACCUUGAGCACUUCUCCAGUAAGGAUCAUAUCCUUAGAGAGAAGGAGCUCAAGCGUGUGUCCGAGGCGUGUCGAGAGUGGGGUUUCUUUCAAGUUGUGAACCAUGGAAUUAGCCAUGAGUUGAUGAAGAGUGCUAAGGAAGUGUGGCGUGAGUUCUUUAACCUUCCACUUGAUGUGAAAGAGGAACAUGCUAACUCUCCAACAACAUAUGAGGGUUAUGGUAGUAGGUUGGGAGUGAAAAAGGGUGCUAUUUUGGAUUGGAGUGACUAUUUUUUUCUCCAUUAUAUGCCUCCUUCACUUAGGAACCAAACUAAGUGGCCUGCACUUCCAUCAUCCUUGAGGAAAGUGAUUUCUGAAUAUGGUGAAGAAGUUGUUAAGCUAGGAGGAAGGAUACUUGAAUUAAUGUCAAUAAAUCUUGGAUUGGAAGAAAAUUUCCUUCUCAAUAAAUUUGGGGGAGAAGAUGAUAUUGGUGCUUGCUUAAGGGUGAAUUUCUAUCCAAAGUGUCCACAACCUGACCUUACUUUGGGCAUAUCACCUCACUCAGAUCCUGGUGGUAUGACCAUUCUUCUACCUGAUGAUUUUGUGGCUGGCCUUCAAGUACGAAAAGGAAAUGAAUGGAUCACUAUUAAGCCUAUCCCUAAUGCCUUUAUCAUCAACAUUGGUGACCAAAUUCAGGUGCUGAGCAAUGCAAUAUACAAGAGUGUAGAACACAGAGUGAUUGUGAACUCAAUAAAAGAUCGUGUUUCAUUGGCCAUGUUUUACAACCCAAAGAGUGAUUUGUUAAUUGAACCUGCAAAGGAGCUUGUAACAAAGGAGAGGCCAGCCCUUUACCCACCAAUGACAUAUGAUGAAUACAGACUUUAUAUUAGGAUGAAAGGACCUUGUGGUAAAGUCCAAGUUGAAUCUUUGGCUACCAAAUCGUGAUUAAUUCUAAUAAUUAUGUAAUUUGCAAAUGAGAAAUUUGCAUAUAAUUAAAUAAUUGGACUUGGACUUGUACUUGGACUUGGACAUAGACAUGUUGCUCUUCAAUUGUCAUGUUUUUUAUAUGUGGUCCAAUUGAUGAAAUUAAAAAAAAUUUAUUGUAUCACAUGUUUCUUGCAUGUUGUAUUA